AUGUGUAGCACUCCGAACCAUCUGCUCGUGCUCCGGGCCAUUUCACAGCCGCGUCAGCCGGACCCGGCGAAGAAAUACACGUCGGCACGCCUCGUGUCGCGACAACGGCUGGGCCGGUCGCGCGGUAGCCUGGUGGCGACGCUGACCCUGCCCUGCGGACCGGGGCUCUGGCCGGCCUUCUGGCUGCUGCCGGCCGAGCCCUUCAGCUGGCCGACGGACGGCGAGGUCGACAUUGCCGAGACCUGGAACAGCACUUACGUCAACCACUCGUGCCUGCACUGGGGCCACUACGUGCCGCAAGACCUGAACAAGCACCGCGUCUGCGAGUCCGUCCUGCCGGGCCUCCAGCAACGCCGACCCGUGCGGUUCGAGUUUGCGUGGCAGCAGGACGAAAAUGAGAACGGCACUGGCCGGCUGCUGUGGUGGAUCGACGGCCGCGCCGUGAUGAAAAACACCAUCCCACAGGGAAUCAGGCGCCUGGCCGAUUUCACCGUCAUCCUCAACAUCGCCAUGGCCGGCCAGGUGUGUCAAGGCCAAGAACCGCCCGAGGGCGCGUACGAUUUCGUCGUGCACGACUUGAAGAUGCAGGAUACCCCGGACGGUGGUUGGGGCCGGUUCGAUAGCGACUGGAGCUGGGUUAAGGAGGGGGAGGUGCGAUUUUAG